AUGGUACCUUUUGAAGCGGAAAUGCCUACAGAAAAUAUUGUACCGCCAGUAGUUGGCGAUCAAGCUGAUUGUAAUAAAGUCAACACAUGCCAUGUAGAUGAGUUCCUUUAUGAUGAAAGCCAAGUUGACCAGUUGGUCAAGAAGGGACAACUGCAAAGACAUUAUUGCUUAGACUGUAACUCUCGCAAUACUCAGGACUUAAUUUUGAUCUCACAUUCAAUGUCAAGGCAAGCAUUACAAUAUAUUUUUAAAGUUUUACUUCCAAGAGAUUUAGAGGACAAACAACUUCUUGAUGUAGGAUCGCGAUUAGGAGCUGUAUUAUAUGCAGCUUAUUAUUUCUCCAAUGUUUCCAAAAUUGUAGGUAUAGAAAUGAAUAAAGAAUGCUGUGAUGUUCAAGAAAAAAUAAUACAUCAAUUUUCUAUGGAUAUGGACAGAAUAAAAAUUGUACAUUCAGAUGUAACUUUGAGACCAGAUAUUGUUGAAUGUGCAAACAUAAUCAUAAUCAAUGUCUUAGAUUUUUUUGUUGAUGUGGAAAAACAUAAAGAAAUGUGGUACUUCUUCAAGAAAAACAUAAAAAAAGGAAGUUACUUAAUAGCUAACAGAAGUAUGGCUGAAACAUUAGGUAGUUUAGAACUAUUUGAAGAAUUUAUGAACUGGUUAACCAUUUGCAAACCAAAUCAACUAGAAAACGAGAUUUUCUUUGAUGUAGAAGAUUAUAGUGAAUUAUAUCUGUAUAUAAUAAAU